AUGGCGACAUUCAAGAGCUCUCUCAAGAUUACCUACAUCGGCACGGCCACGGCGAUCCUCGACAUCGAUGGUGUCAAGUUGAUCACAGACCCUGUUUUUUCGCAGGCGGGAUCCGAAUGGGACAAAGGCAUCGCCAUCCUGAGAACAUCAAUUUCCCCCGCGCUUCAGCUACAAGAUCUGCCUGCCCUCGAUGCCGUGCUGUUGAGCCACGAGGAUCACGAGGAUAACCUCGACGAGUUGGGUCGGCAAUUACUUGAUGGUCGCAAGGUCCUUACAACCGUGGACGGUGCGAAUAAACUAGCACCUCGGCCAGACGUGCGAGGCCUGAAGCCUUGGGAGACUGUGGAUCUCAAUGUCGGUGGCAAGAGCUUCCAGGUGACCGCCACGCCAUGCGUGCACCUGCCGGGAGGCGAAUGCACAGGUUUCGUUCUCACCAACGCCGAGUUCGGGGAAACAAACGGACUGCCGAACGCGAUUUUUAUUUCCGGUGACACUAUCUACAUUGACGAUCUCGCUCGACUGAAGGAAAAGUUCAACAUCAGUGUUGCGAUCCUGAACCUCGGGGCGGCGUCGGUGCCCGUGUCCGACCCGCCCUUAGUCAUAACCAUGGACGGAAAGCAGGCAGCGCAGCUCAUCCGCGAAAUCGAACCCGAUAUCGUGGUGCCAUUGCACUUUGAGGGUUGGGAUCACUUUGCCCAAGGACGCGAGGAGGUUCUCGAGGUCUUUAAGCGGGAGGGGAUCGAGAGCAAAGUUCAAUGGCUGCCUCGCGGUGUCGCCACGAACAUCGUGUAG